CACUUCGUGGCUGACUUCUUGGUUCGCGCUUAGUCCCGUUUCGCCAUUCUUUAGUUCCGGGUGAAUCGCGGUUCGCGCGGCGUUUCAAUUCGAUUGAGCUCGUGUACCCAUUCAUUGACUGGCACGAGAGGAGUUUUUUUUUCAACCUAACUAGCCAUACGGGAAGCCUAACCUCUUCGUGAAGUACUUCGAGGACGACCUUCGAGGAACUCGACUCAAGGGCCCGGUGUUAAUGUUCGAGGCGCGACAAAAUGAAGUUCACUCAGCGCUGUCUUGGGAACAUCACCAAGAUGUUAGACUUCUACUCGCAGUUCAACCCCUCGCCGCUUUCGAUAAAACAGUUCAUCGAUUUCGGACUCAGCGCCUGCGAGCGGAAGUCCUUCAUCUUCCUGCGGAAGGAACUUCCGGUCCGGCUGGCGAACAUCAUGAAGGAGAUCCACCUGCUUCCGGAAAACCUCCUCAGAAUGCCUAGUGUCGGUAUCGUCAACAACCUCUACGUCACUUCCUUCGAAGAGAUCAUACACUUCGAGAAGGCUGAAAUCAGCGACUCCACCCUGGACAGAUUCUGCCAGGCGUUGGUCAAGAUCAAAAAUAGACAUGCCGACGUUGUGCAGACCAUGGCCCAGGGGGUUUUGGAGCUGAAGGAAUCUCACGACGUGGACAUGCAGACGGAGAACAGUAUUCAGUAUUUCCUCGACCGCUUCUUCAUGUCGCGGAUCUCCAUCCGGAUGCUCAUUAACCAGCACACCUUGUUGUUCGGUGGACUUUUAAACGGCCACAGCAGACACGUGGGAUGUAUAGAUCCAUUAUGCGAUUUAACGGCGGUCGUGAAGGACGCCUAUGAAAAUGCACGAUUCCUAUGCGACCAAUAUUACCUCGCGAGCCCGGAGCUCAGAAUCACGCAGCAUAACGAGCUCGAACGAGGGAAUGAAAUUCGAGUAGUCUACGUGCCAAGCCAUUUGUACCAUAUGUUGUUCGAGCUCUUCAAGAACAGCAUGCGAGCCGUCAUGGAAUACCAUGGGACCGACUCUGACAACUAUCCACCCAUCGAGGUCACGGUUGUCCGCGGAAAGGAGGACAUUUGCGUGAAGACGUCCGACCGAGGUGGGGGGAUUCCCCGUUCGCAGAUGGACAAUCUCUUCAAGUACAUGUACAGUACCGCGCCUCAGCCGAGCAAGUCCGAUGCUCAUACGGUCCCAUUGGCAGGAUAUGGUUACGGUCUGCCAUUGUCGCGUCUCUAUGCUAGAUAUUUCCACGGCGACAUCGUCCUUCUCAGCUGCGAAGGAUACGGCACGGAUGCGGUUAUUUAUUUGAAGGCCCUGUCCAACGAGGCGAACGAGUUACUGCCCAUCUUCAACAAGACUUCGUCCAAGUUCUACCGAACUACCGUGCCCAUUGCCGAUUGGAGCAGCCAGUGCGGGGGCGGCAUGGCCACUCGGCAGCUUUGCAUGAGCAAUACCCAAGGCCACAGACUUCCUCAUGGUAUGGAGAUAAGUCAAUGCUAGCACCCUCUGGACGGCUCGGCGGAUGACCAAAACACGGUAAAGUAGGUGGCUUAGGAAAUUACCGAAGCCGUCCACCCGGUCUGGGCUUCGAUUGAAUGCCAAUAAAUGAAUUGCCCAAGGAGGCAGAGUGCUUUCAACGCUCGUCGUAUAAUAUAGACGCUCCGGGCAGAGUUUGCCAGCUGCGAGGAUGGUAAAGGGACUACAUAUCAUUUAAAAAGGAAAUUUGCUGUUUCUAUGAGGGCUUCGACGGCCGAUUUACAUUUUGUCUCACUGCGAAGUGAGAGGACCUUUGCCGAGAUGCGAGCCGGCACUCGGGAGGUCGGAUUAAAAAUAACACUUUGGCUUGGUUUCAAAGUGGAAAAAUUAACGGAAGGUAUAACGAUGAGGUUACGUUAAAUCCCGGCACCAUCGAGACGAUGGGAACCGGAAGUCGGAAGUGGAGGACAACGAAGUUCCGAUAGAGAAUUCGGUAACAGGGAGCGUAGGGAAUGCCAUGGAUUUCGUCGCAAAAGGACCAGGCUGAAAUUUUCAUGAAAAAUGAAAUCGAGCAACUGGGUUGCUUCGAUGAUGUGUGAUAUAUAUAUUUUUUUUCUUUUUUUAACCCGGUGGCAAUUCGAUUUUUCCGGGAGUUCCAGUUAACUCGAGACCUCCCGUUUCCCUUCAACUUUGUAAACGAAAACCGUAACGAUCUUGUUACGACCAGUGAUUAAGUUCAUGGUGUCGAUUUUACUUUUUAUUUAUUAGAAAAAAAUGUUCUGGAAUUCGUUUAGAGUUCCGUUUAGCAGUAGGUUUAGGUUUAUAUUAAUAUUUGAUCGUCGGGUCAUCACACGGUUUAAUUUCCAUGCUGGGAAUAAUGGGCGUCGAAAGUGAAAAUUGUAUACUGUUAGGGAAUUCUUAUUUUCCGCCCUGAGAUUGUAAAUGUAAAUUUUUACAACCAAGUCUCCUCGAUGCAAUGGAUGCAUGCACUGCAUCGACUCGAGAGGCUUUGAAACUAAAUAUUUAAAUAAUUUAAAUCAAUGCCUGCCACUUGCAGGAAUUAUAGGGUGGCGUUUAGAUUAUAAAUCGUUUUGGAUCGGAAUGCAAAUGGCGUGAACAUGGUCGUUACACGUUUAGAUAAAUUAAAAGGAUGUUUCGUAACGUCACUGAGUGUAAUUCUCAUUAAGAAUCUCAUACGUUUGGAAGUGGCAAUGAUAGUACAACUAGAAAUCAAAAGUUCGUACUUCUGUAUACCUUGGUUUGGAAACUGUUAAGUGUAAGAAGGUGAUUGGCAGAAUGUUAUUCAUGAAACGUAGCAUCGAUGCAUUGUGAGCAGGUAUUGGUCGUUAAUGAUCUAUCCAUUUGGCUUAAGAUUAUACCAAAGUCAUUCGGCUGUUAAUUUGCAACCGGAGAAAUCUGUCAUAUGUUCGCAUAACUUGCCCGGUGCAAAUAUUAAUAUUUUAAUUAUCUUUUGUUUUCAAUGCUCCGUCAUGGGCACAUUUUGCAAUCCACAUGGAAUAUACGCUACGGAUCGCUGACUGUGAUGCAAAUAUGCAAUUUAACUAUAGCUCAUAGAGAUAUCUCGUUGCUGUACAGCACAAGGAUGUGUAAAAUCGUAUGCUUAGAAAUGCAUGCACUGUCAUAUACAUACGACUGUAUAUAAAAUAAUAAAUAGCAAAAUUAUAAGAGGGAAUCAAUCGUUGCAAUUAAAGAAAAUAGUCGGUUGCCGAGGUGUAGGACAGAAUUUUGUACAGAGAAAAUGUAGAGGCACGCUUUGCAGGGUUCGCUGUGGAGCUUCGAAACUGUAAAAGGAAUUAUUAUUAACCCUUUUAGGAUCGCAACUGGUUGCCAGUUCAAAAAGUUCCCGUACACAAUUUGCAAGACUCACAGCAGGGCUGCUUCGUCGUUAGUUUCAGAAAUUUAUAAAUUUUAAAAGAAUAUACUUAACUAUUUUUUAUUUUCUAGUAUCUGUAUCAUUUUUACCCAUGCGCAUGUAAUUGAAAUAAACGGUACAGUAGAGCGUAGUUAGAGACAAUUGUUACUUUGAAUGGGGGUGGACCCUGCAUUUUUUUAUUGCCAUGUUAAACGGAUAGAUCGUAAUUCUUGUCAAGAACAAAGUGUCUCGGUUCAACAAGGCAUGGUAUUAAAAAUGGCAUCGGUAGUUAUUUACACUAUCUGUUGCAGAACCAGAUUUUUAUAUCACGCCUUGGUAAAUGUCCAACAGUGAAGACUGUAAUUACGACCUGUCCUCUUAACACGAUAAACUCCAUAGUUUCUAGUACUUUGUAUGAAACAUGUAGAUAAAUGGUAAAGUUAUUAAAAAAAGAUAACAAGCUGGCACAGACCCGUGGCAUAUUAAAUCGAUAGAUAUCAAUGAUAUAAAUACACGCAUAAUUUGGCAAUAGAAAUCAUUAGAUAACCAAUCUGACGCAUCGAGUGGAAACGUAUGCAUGUCACCAUGUGUCUCGUACAAGUACACAUUGUACAGGUGUGUCAUUAAUAUUUCAUAAUAUAUGAAUAUAUGUAUGAUUACCGAAUCCCCGAGAAUAAUUGUUAAUUAUCGAAAUCUCUAACUACGCGGUUGAAAAAUGAUCACGUGUGACGCACGAGGGAGAAAUUGUAAAUUGUAUAUCAUUGUUAAUAAAGGUAUCGCCAGUACAACGAGUUAAUAA